ACAUGACUUAACAGAGUUUGGAGAGUAUCUGGAUGCGGACGGCGAGCUCCUUCUCCUCCAAGUGUAUCAGCUUCAGGCAAUCAGGAGGAGCGCGAUGGUUUGUCCUGCAGCUCUCUGUCCCUCUGCCUCUCCUGCGACUUAACAUAUAUAUAUAGGCUAUAUAUAUAUAUAUCUCAUAAUACAUUUCAACUUUUGUUCUGCCACACAGACUAAAAGGGAAUUUCUUUUUUUUUAAUGAUCAUUUUUCCUUAUGAUUGAUCUUUUUCUCUGUAAUAAAUAUGAGAGGUCGGGUUGCUGUCACUUGGAAUUUAACAGGCUGUGUGCCAUUUCUUAUGCUGUUUUACGAGUAGGAUAAGGAAACAACAAAAAGGUGUGACAAGAGAUUGGCGGACAACUGUGGAUUUCUACGAGUAACUCCUACCUUCCAGAGGGAUUGAGGGGGGCAUCUGCCGGACCCCCCUCUUGAUUGAUUAGUUAUUAGUCAUCCCCUUGGCUAAAUGGGACCCACUGAAAAGAAACCGUGGAACACAUACAUGAAUGAAAUAUUCCUGUGUCCCCUGAAUGUCUCCAGAGUAGUUUUGCUUAAGAGAGGGGGUCGUGGCUUAGCAAUAUAAAGAGGGAAAAACAGCAUAGCUUUAUGGGUUUAUUAAGACAGUUUAUACGGUUUGACAUUCUGCCGCUGUAAAAAGAGAAGGGAAAAACUCGGAGGAUCCUAAACAGAAGGACAUUUUGGACAUAUAUAUAUAUUUUCCAGUUCUUUACUUGUUUAUUUUAUUUUUACUCAUCUUAAUUUUAUUUCAUUUUUUUAUUUCUUUAUUCUCUCUUUUUUUUUUUUGCCCGAAAAAUGAAACUUUGGACAUCACCCUGGGUGUCUUGCCUGGUGAUUCUCAUCUUGUGUUUUGGAUCAGAGUGCGGGACAGUCCGGAGAAAGGGGAGAUCCAAGAGGGAGCUGGUGCGUAUUAGGGAGGCGAGAGCCACCAUCCCUGGGGCUUGUGCCACACGCCUGCCCCGGGGCAAGCGCUCUUUACCCGGGCUUGAGCGGCGGGUUCUCCGCCAGCGCCGGCGCUCAUCUCACGCUGAGGAAAACUCUCCGGAUCGGGGGAAAGCUGUUUAUUUCACCGGCCGGGGAGACCAGCUGCGGCUGAAGCCUGGUGUGGAGAUACCCAGGGGAAAUUUCACUCUGGAGAUGUGGAUCAAACCGGAGGGAGGUCAGCGAUCGCCCACAGUAAUCGCUGGACUUUAUGACAAAUGUUUCUACGCUUCCAGUGACAGAGGUUGGCUGCUUGGGAUCCAGGCAGUUAGCGAACAUGGAAACCGGGAUCCUCGAUUCUUCUUUUCCCUCAAAACUGACCGUGCUCACAAAGUGACCUCCAUUUAUGCUAACGCCCGUUAUGUACCUAACCAAUGGGCACAUGUUGCGAUCACAUAUGAUGGUGUGUACAUGAAGCUCUUUGUCAACGGGGCCCAAGUUGGUGUUAGCCGAGAGCAGUCGGGCGAUAUCUUCAGUCAUUUAACUAAAAAAUGCAAAGUGCUGAUGAUUGGCGGGAAUGCACUCAAUCACAAUUACAGGGGUGCAGUUGAAAAAGUGGGUUUGUGGAGGCAAGCCCGUGGACAGAGAGAUAUCAUAAGGGAUAUGCAAGGGCAUGAAGACCCUGGAGACCUACCUCACUUAGUCAUUCGUGAAACCUUUGAGCACCCAGGUCGCAAGUGGUUGACAGUUAAAGAUGGUAAUUUCCCUCAGCCAGAGAAGGGAGGCCCUGGACAACAAGGAUUUGUCAGUAGAGAUGGAGUGGGAAAUAAUGAAGGACUAUUGGACACAACUCUAGAACCUCCAGCUUGUGGCCAAACUGUUUGUGACAACACUGAUGUCAUCAAAAACUACAACCUGCUUUGGACUUUCCGUAGGCCAAAGAAAGUACGAUAUCGUGUUGUAAAUAUUUGGGAUGAUGCAAAGAAGAGACCAACUGUAUUAGACAACCAAAUUAUCUUGCAACACCAGAAGCUUAACGAUGCCUUUAGUCCUUACAAUAUAUCCUGGGAACUCAGCAUUCAUAAUGUGACCAGCUCCUCCCUACGUGACCGCUUAAUUCUUGCCAACUGUGAUAUUGGCAAAAUUGGUAACGAUGAAUGCGACCCUGAAUGUAAUCAUCCACUGACGGGGUUUGACGGAGGUGACUGUAUAUUUGGACAUCCAACCAACUGUCCUAACCACAAACUGGGAAAUGGAGUAUGUGACACUGAAUGUAACUGUGAUCAUUACUUCUACGAUAACGGCGAUUGUUGCAACCCCAAUGUGACAGAUGUGACCAAGACAUGUAUCAACAGUUCCUCUCCACACAAAGCCUUUUUGGAUAUGAAAGAGCUGAAAGAGAUUCUACACUUGGAUGGUUCAACUCACCUGAAUGUCUUCUUUGCCAAUUCUUCUGAUGAAGACCUGGCAGGGGUUGCCACUUGGCCCUGGGACAAAGAGGCCCUUACAUAUUUGGGAGGAAUGGUGCUCAAUCCCUCUUUUUAUGGAACAUUUGGUCACACCGACACAAUGGUCCACGAGAUUGGACAUACCCUUGGAUUAUACCAUGUGUUUCGGGGCAUAUCAGAGAUUGACUCCUGCAAUGAUGUCUGUUUGGAAACCGAGCCCUCGAUGGAGACUGGAGACCUCUGUGCAGACACUAACCCCACCCCAAAGUACAAAGAGUGCAAUGAUCCCGAACCAGGCAAUGAAACCUGUGGCCAUCAGCACUUCACACACACCCCGUUUAACAAUUACAUGAGCUACACAGAUGAUGCUUGUACAAAUUCAUUCACAUUAAACCAGAUGGCUAGGAUGCACUGCUACUUGGACCUCAUCUACCAGACAUGGCAACCAACCUACAAACCUCCUCCAGUGGUGAUGGCACCUCGAGUAGUUGAGCAACAUCACAACUCUUUCACCCUGGAAUGGUUUCCACCAAUUUCUGGACAGUUUUACGACAGAGAAGUGGGAUCAGUGUGUGAUAAAUGCACUGAAGGGAGAGUUCUACUGCAGUACGCCUCUAACUCUUCAUCACCAAGACCAUGCGACCCUUCAGGACACUGGUCCCCCAGAGAAGCUGAAGGCCCUCCAGAUGUAGAGCAAGCUUGUGAGCCAAGUGUGCGUACAUGGAGCCCAAAUGCAGGAACUGACCAAGGUGUUGUUGGCCUGUCUGAGUGCCCCCCACAGGGCUGUAUGCUACAACUGGAGUUCCAACACCCAGUGGUGCCCGAUUCGCUGACUGUAUGGGUGACAUUUUUCAGCCCAGAGGAGAGCGCUCUGCCUGCUAUCCAUGAAAUCUUACUUCUGACUGUGAGAGGAAAUAACAUUUCACUGGGCCCCCGUUAUGUUUUCUGUGACACUCCAUUGACUCUCAAACUGGACGUGGAAGAAGAGGUGUAUGGUGUACAGUUUUACACAAUGGAACAACACCUAGAGAUUGACGCAACUUUGUUGACAUCCAAGCCGGACUGCAUAUUUUGCAGGCAUUGCAAACCCCUCAGAUAUCGCCUGUUACGCCAACCAGCCUUCUCCCAUGCCCCACAUGGCCUGAUACUAAUUGAACCUGUCCGCCGUUACACAGACAGAGAUGUGGUACUGCAUGUCCCAUACACCUACCAGAUCCAGACAAUCUCCCGCUGGGGUAAGAGUGAGCCCUCUCCACCCCUGGUACACGAACUUGGUGGUCCCUAUUGUGGAGAUGGAAGGAUCCAGAGUUCUAAAGGAGAGGAGUGUGAUGAUAUGAACUCUGUGAAUGGAGACGGCUGUUCAAGUCAGUGCAAGGAAGAGCCCUUUUUUAACUGUGUUGAGGAGCCAAGCAUGUGCUACUACUACGAUGGCGAUGGGGUGUGUGAAGAUUUUGAGAGGGAAACGGGUGUGAGAGACUGUGGCCUUUAUACACCCAGUGGUUACUUAGACCAGUGGGCUUCCCGUGUUGAAGUUUCUCAUGAAGAAAAGCCAUAUUGCUCUGGGGAAGUGGCUGCUGGAUAUCCGGCUGUUACUAAGACAUGUCAGUCCAAAGUCUUUGAUUUAUCUGAUGGAGUCUCCCAGUACGCGUGGUUUCCAUGUCAAGAAGCUUACAGGCUAACAUCGGGAUAUUCUACGUACUGGCUAAAGGCACAUUUUUCCCAUCCCAUGGUGGCUGCAGCAGUAAUUGUACAUCUGGCUGCUGAUGGGACAAAAGUCAUUGACCAAACACAAUGCAAUAUUACUGUUCAGCUGGUGGACACCAAGGAUGGUCUCCACAGCCUAGGUGAAUGGCGCCUGAGCUGCCGCACUAACCCUUUGGUGAUCCCUGUGAGCCAUGACCUGUCAGUGGCCUUUUACCACACCAAGGCUAUCCUAGUCAUGUUUUCCUGUCAACUGGUUGCCAUCUCUGGCAUUGGCCUGCGAUCCUUCCAGUCUUUUGAUCCCAUCACAAUCAGUGGUUGCCAGAGCAACGAGAUCUACAACCCCACAGGACAGAGUUGUGUACAUUAUUCGUGCGAAGCCAUUGACUGCCAGGAACCUUUAAUCCGCAAUGCAGAGCUAAAGUGCAGUAGCCCCGGCCGCCAGUUCUACAACGGAGACCUCUGCACCAUUUCCUGCAACUCGGGGUAUGUCUUGCAAGUCCACCAGGAAGAUGACAUCAUCAAGACCCAGUCGGACUCUUCAGUAACAAUAACCUGUACAAAUGGGAAGUGGAACAAGCAGGUGUCUUGCGAGCCAGUCGAUUGCGGUAUGCCAGACAAAUACCAUGUGCAUCCUGCCAACUUCCAUUUCCCAGAGGGCACUACAUAUGGCAAGAAGAUCACCUUUGUUUGUCGUGAACCUGCUCAACUCAUUGGAACCAACAACACUCUUACCUGCCAGGAAGAUGGUCUGUGGUCCUUCCCUGAGGCUCUUUGUGAACUACGCUGCCCAGCCCCUCCUCCUGUACCAAAUGCUGUGUUACAAACAAAGCGCUGCAAUGAGACCGGCCUAAAAGUUGGCACCCUUUGCAAGUACAAAUGCAAGCCAGGCUAUCAUGUUACCAAUAAACCCAAAAGGCGUGCAUUUAAGCGUCAGUGCACAGAGGAUGGUACCUGGCUGGAGGGGGCAUGUGAGCCAGUGACUUGUAAUCCUCCGCCACCCAUUUUCCAUGGUUCUUACCACUGCACUGAUGGCUUCCGCUUUGACAGUGUCUGCAGACUUAACUGCUCAGAAUCUGCCGGUAAUCGUGAAGGAGGCUCUAUCCAUACGGUGAGGUUGCUGCAUUCUUCCUGCAAGCAGGGUGCAGCCUCCAAUAUGAUCCGCUGUAGGAAGGAUGGAAACUGGACUGGGUCAUUCCACCUGUGCCCGAACAGCAAAGGCCAGUGCUCAUUACCGCAAAACCUGCAUUAUAGCCUACAGUACUCAUGCAAGCAAGGAUAUGGCAUAGGUGAGGAGUGUGAACUGUCAUGCAGAGAGGGUAACAAUGAAGUGGUGAUUCUACCGAGUAACAUGACAGCAAUUUCUCUACUGGGACAACACUGGUGGAACCCGCAAAAAGUCAAGAGUAUAGUGUGCACAAUGGGACUAAAAUGGUAUCCUCCUCCUGAAUUGCUCCAUUGCAUCAAAGGAUGUGAGCCAUUCAUGGGUGACAACUACUGUGAUCCAGUCAACAAUAGGGCCUUCUGCAACUAUGAUGGAGGUGACUGCUGUCAUUCCACUGUCAAGACUAAGAAGGUAAUACCAUUCCCAAUCUCCUGCGACAUAGGGAAUGAGUGCUCCUGUCGUGAUCCUAAUGCUUCAGAGAACCUUAAUCGAAAUCAUGUCCGUACUGUUGGGUGACCAGCUUGAGCAGGGAUCAUCACUCGCUGCUCCGGGACCCUUUCUCUAACUCAACACAACCAGAAUUGCCAAACCAACCCUCUUCAUCCUCAUCUUGGCUCACAGUUUCCUGUACAUGCUGCUAAUAAAAGCAUACCUCUUCAUCUGUACUGCAAUCCCAACCGGCUUCCAUCUCCUUAUGAAAGGAAGAUAACGAACAAGAAUGAGACUCCAUUGAAUUUUUUUUUUUUUUUUUUUUUUGCUGCAAUACAAAAAGUAAACUGUGCAAUACAAGCCGUAAAUAUAUAUAUAUAGUAUUAAAAUACAGAAAAGAGACCUUUUCAAUAUCUCAGCCAAAAUAAAAAAAAAAAGUGUAACCAAGUCUAGGUAGCAUGCCUUUUGGUGACUUUUGUGCUGGCUUUAAUAAUGAUUUUAGUUACCUCAUUACAAUCACAUGAUUGAACCAAAGGUAUAUCAAAACAAGUGUGAGAUUGCGUUGAUGCUGGCUCGGGGUAGUGCUGAUAUGAUAAUAUACUGACCAGUGAUUUGAAUGAAUUCUCAAACACCGUAAAUAUGGGUUGGAUCUUGGAAUCAUACGACAGUCAUAUUGUUUUAAGUCACAAAUUAAACAUAUAAAAGGCUAAUUGCAAUAUGCAAAAAUUCUAAAUAGUCAAUUAUAGAAACCACAGUCUUGGAAAAUGUUACACAAAAGAAAUCUGCAUUUGAAAUGUUAACGUGGCUUUUCAUUCUAAUCCAUGAUAAAUAUUAGACUUAGGCAGUUUUGUCUUCUUUGAUGCUAAUAGUCCUCCCUAAUAGUAUUCAAUCAUUCUAACAUGUGGUUACACAACUCUGUCAUCUUGUAUUACAAAAGAAAACAUGAUGACAGCAUCACAUAUGAAAUGUACUAACAACUUCAAAAAAUCCAGAACCUCACUUGGCACCCCUCAUCUUAUGCAGCUGCCCCUGCUAAUAACUACAGUAUAUACCUUGAUUAUGACUUAAAGAAUGUUGUCUAUGACCUCACUUAGGGUUUGGGGUGAAUUAUUUUCAGUCAAAACUCCUCCCUUAUGGAACUAGUUUAAACCUUUGUUACCUCAAGAACCACGUUAAACUGAAAAAAGCAGAAAGUAAAUCCACUCCGGUCCUUUUCAGAAUGUAGAAAAUGCUUGUUUAAUGCUUGUAGCUUCCCUGAUCUUAGUGCUGCACACCACAUUCACACAGAAAUACAGGGAUAAAAGGUUGGAUAGACUGUCUGCCCAGCCCAAAUCUUAACAUCCUACCCAACCGACCUGCAGGCUUUAAUUUCACAGACUUUCUUCUGUCGCUGGGUAGUUAGUAAAUGUAAAAAUGACAUUUGGAUGUUUAUGUCAGCACAUAAUUUCCGGCCACAGUAUGCUAAACGCUCUGUAAGACAAAGUGCUGGGUUUGUUUUAGGUCAUUUACUAAUUCCACUACAUCUUCAGUACAAAGUGCACUUCUAUACAGCGUUUUUCUGUAUGUGUCUGUUCGCAUAAAGUAACUUUGUUAAACAAUAUAGCUGCUAUAAUAGAUUUCUAUUUUGUUACUCAAUUUUCCUGACACAUACAAACUGAGUUUUCAUGCAACAAUCGAUGUAGUAGUUCGCUCUGCAUCUCGGUCUAAUACUUUACUUCUAUUUUUUCAUGUCAACCACAAUCAAAGAGAUAUUUAGCAUAUAUAAUAACUAUCAUUUCACUUCAUCCAUGGUCUCUCUCUGACUCAUAUAUGGUAUUUAAAAUUCUUCCUGUGAACAUCAUCCUUCGUGUUAUUUCACAGCCGUUAAUUGUGGAGACCUAAAAGAAUACAAGAACAUGAAAAGAGCAAAGAUAUUUUCCACAACAUGAAUAUUUUUUGGAAUAUGCCAUAUUUAAUCAGCAUUCUUUUUAGAUGACCUCAAUUAUUGCACUUUCUACUCAGUAGUGAAAAAUGCAUAUCUUUCAAAAAAUCUUUUAGAAGCUGCUAUUAAAUGAAUGGCUGUCUAAGGCAAACUGCAUAGUAUUUAGCAAUUUGACCCCUUACAAUGCAGUUUGUUUUUCUAUUAGUUUUGUUUUCACGUGGCUUGUAUGCUAUUUUAUGCAGAUGACAUAUUGCUAUGCUACUCUGGAAACCAAAUGGGGUAUUUUGAAGCAUUGAAGCAUAUAUCCAUUUAGUCUAUGAAAAGCACCUAGAUAUACAGCAACGCUCUCCUCAAGGGAUGAGUUAUUUAAGUCAAACUAGACUGCAAAGGCUACAACAUGUGUGUUCCCUUGGUGUUUGCAUUGCGCCUAAGGUCCAAAAGGAAAAUUAGAAAGAAGCAGAAAAAAAACAAAAAAAAAAAACACAAUAAAUUCCCCCAACAAAAAGGAUUGUUGAAAGAUUGUAACUUUUGCAAAACAUGAGUAUUUGUGAGGACAUUUAAGGCUACAGGAUCUUCGGUGAUUACAUUUAUAAACUUUAUAUGAAAACUAUAUAUUCCUGGUAACUUUAUGUAUUCAAGAUGUAAUGUUUGUAUUUUAGAUUCUGCUGCCUCACACAUCAUUUCAUACUAGUGGUUAGUGACUCACGUAGAGUCGCACCACAUGCAGUGCCAUGGUUCAUCUGCUAGAGGUCAUAGAAAAGUAAUCCAAAUAGUUUAAAUGAAUCACUCUCAAACAAUGUAAAUAGUUAUACACUUGUAUUGACAUUAUCAUUUGUCUCUUCUGCAUAAUUAUAUCUUAAUGAUGUAAUAUAAUUUUAUGUUGUCACUAUAUAGAUACCAAAACAGCCAAUUGCAACUGACACAAAAGAAUUCAUAAGAAUAUUAAUUAACUUGAAAAUAUAAAGAAAAUUCCUAAAAUUGGAGAAGUUACCAAUAAGCCAGCUUACAAAAACAGUCAUGAGCGGGGGAGAAUACAUUUGUGCAUCAAAUGAGGACAUCUCCUCUCUACUGUAGACAUCACAUGAUCGCUUUGCUGUACCUCAUGCCUGUAAAGUUUGCUGCUUCUAUAGUUUUGGUAUUUUAGUGAAAUUUUGAGUCUCAUAAGAAUGGUGUAAAUAGUGCAACUAUUUAUUGAGAGUGUUAUACUUUUUAAGUUAUAUUUAAGUUCCAGUUAAAUUAUUUUUUACAUUCCUUUAUUAAUCAGCACAGUAUAUGUUGUGAGUCAUUUUGUCUCUCUGUUUAUGUUGUGAUUGUUGCUUUUAGGCAUUGAUCUGAUUAGUUUGGCCCAACAUUAUGAAACAGCUUAGGUCAAUGGGGAUAAUUUGGAGUUGAUAUUGCCUUGGAAAUUAUAUAUUUUUUCAUUUAAAGCCAGAAUUAUGUUUAUUUUUGUCUUUCUUUUAAAAACAAUGCACACAAAAGCCAUAUGUACAAGGAGUACUU